GGCGACUGCGAAGGCUGGGGGCGGCUCUCUGUCUUCGGGCCGGUCCGAACGCGGUGCCCCUUCUCCUUUUCCUCGCUCUAUGCUGUCCUUGGGCGUUUCUGCGGGCCGAAGCUUGAGCAGAGCUAGAAGCCCAAGGAUUUUACUCAAAAUGACAUUAGGAACAGAGAUUACCUCAUUUCUCAAGGCCUCUUCUUAUAGCGCAGCUGACCGAAAUUUCCUGAAAUGGGAUCUGUCACCAGAGCAGAUUAGAACAAGAACUGAAGAACUUAUCAAGAAAGCAAAGCAAGUUUAUGACAGUGUUGGGAUACUUGAUAUGGAAAAAAUCACUUAUGAAAACACUGUACAGGCUCUAGCAGAUUUAGAAGUGGAGUAUUCAGUGGAAAGAAGCGUAUUGGAUUUCCCACAACACGUAUCCCCUGAUAAAGAUGUCCGUGCAGCAAGUACCGAAGCGGAUAAAAAGCUUUCUCAUUUUGAUGUUGAGAUGAGCAUGAGAAAGGAUGUGUUCCAAAGGAUUGUCCACUUGCAGCAAAUGUGUAACACUGAGACUUUAAGACCUGAAGCUAAAAGAUACUUAGAAAAGUCAAUAAAAAUGGGGGAAAGGAAUGGGCUUCAUCUUCCUACAGAAGUCCAGAAUGAAAUCAAGACAAUUAAGCAGAAACUGAGUGAAUUAUGUAUAGAUUUCAGCAAAAAUCUCAAUGAAGACAACAUGUUUCUGAUAUUUUCUCAAAGUGAACUUCGUGCCCUGCCUGAUGAUUUUAUCAGUAGUUUAGAGAAGAUUGAAGCAGACAGGUACAAAGUUACCUUAAAAUAUCCCCACUAUUUUCCUGUUAUGAAGAAGUGCAGUGUUCCAGAAACCAGACGAAAAAUGGAAGCUUCUUUUAACAGCAGAUGCAGAGAGGAAAAUGCUGUCAUUCUUCAACAGCUUCUUCCUUUGAGGGCAAAACUAGCAGAGCUUCUGGGGUAUAGCACACAUGCUGAUUUUGUUCUUGAAGUGAACACUGCAAAGAUAACAGAAAAUGUGACAGCAUUCUUAGAUGAUCUAAGUAACAAGCUGAAACUUUUGGGUGAGGAAGAGAGGGCGUUCAUUUUAAAUCUGAAGAAAAAGGAGUGUGAAGAAAUAGGUGUUGAAUAUGACGGAAAGAUUAACGCAUGGGAUCUUCAUUAUUACACAAAUCAGACAGAAGAGCUCAAAUAUUCGGUAGACCAAGAAAAGCUGAAGGAGUAUUUUCCUAUUGAAGCAGUCACAGAAGGCUUGCUGAAAAUUUACCAGCAGCUGUUGGGACUUGUAUUUGAACAAGUGGAAGAUGCUCAUGUUUGGCAUGAGAGCAUUACACUUUACACAGUAAAGGACAGUUCAACAGGAGAAAUUCUGGGCCAGUUCUAUUUAGACCUGUACCCAAGAGAAGGGAAGUAUGGGCAUGCUGCAUGCUUUGGUCUCCAGCCUGGCUGCCUUCUUUCUGAUGGCAGCAGAAUGAUGUCAGUAGCAGCUCUAGUAACCAAUUUCACAAAGCCAACCCUGGAUCGCCCAUCACUGCUGCAGCAUAAUGAGGUGAAAACUUACUUCCAUGAGUUUGGGCAUGUAAUGCACCAGAUAUGUGCUCAGACUGAUUUUGCUAGGUUUAGUGGAACUAAUGUGGAAACAGAUUUUGUAGAAGUACCUUCACAAAUGUUUGAAAACUGGGUUUGGGAAAAAGAACCCCUACAACAAAUGUCCAGACACUAUAAAGAUGGAAGUCGGGUCCCUGAUGAUCUCCUUGAGAAGCUGGUUGCUUCUAGGCUAGCCAACACAGGUCUUCUGACUCUUCGUCAGAUUGUUUUGAGCAAGGUUGAUCAGUCUCUUCAUACACAAUCUUCUGCUGAUCCUGCUGAAGAAUAUGCCAAAUUCUGUGAAGAAAUUUUGGGCGUACCUGCAACCCCUGGUACAAAUAUGCCAGCUACCUUUGGUCAUUUGGCAAGUGGAUAUGAUGGCCAGUAUUAUGGGUACCUGUGGAGUGAAGUGUUCUCUGUGGAUAUUUUUUACAGUUGCUUUAAAUGUGAAGGGAUAAUGAAUCCCAAGGCUGGAAUGAAAUACAAAAAUCUUAUCUUGAAGCCUGGAGGCUCAUUAGAUGGGAUGGACAUGCUCCAAAAUUUUUUAGGUCGUAAGCCAAACCAAAAAGCAUUUUUAUUGAGUAAAGGAUUAUGUACUUAGUAAAACCAUGAGUUCUUUGGCAUCAGAUGUCACCUAGAAGACCGUCUUAAAAUACUAUCAUGAAAAGUUAAAAAAACACAAGACACUUUGCUAGGGAAGGUCUACUUGGGAGUUUUAAAUGUUUUUAUUACAAGGUUUCAAAAUUAUAAUUCUCAUUUUCAUUUCAAAAUUCAUACAGAAUCAUGGUGUGGUAUUUUUUUACUUGUUAGCAAAUUAUUUGUACAUUGUACUGAAUCAUAAGAAAAUGGUUGUAAUUUUACAGGGUAGGUGUGUUAAAUAGAAGAGCCAUAACAUUAAGCUUUUUGUAAAUUUUUAGAUUUGAAUAAUAAAAUAAUCACUACAUUUCAGCAAAUUA